CGGCCGCCGCAGCGCUGCCGCCAUGGAUUGACCGCCCGCCCCGCACGGCCCCGCACCGCCCGCCACGAGCUGACACCAUGAAGCAGCUGAUCCUUUGCACCCUGCUCCUCUUGGCCCGUGGGGAGCUGGCCAGGGCAUGUCCUGCAGGCUGCCAGUGCCAUGACCCCAAGACCAUCCUGUGUGCAGCCAGGCGGGGCCAGACGGUGCCCCAGGGGCUGCCCCCCAGCACCCUCUCCCUCUACGUCUUUGAGAACGGCAUCACAACGCUCAGUGAGGACAGCUUUGCAGGGCUGCCUGCCCUCCAGCUCCUGGACCUCUCACAAAACAAGAUCACCAGCAUCCAGAGAAACAUCUUCCAGCCCCUGACAGAGCUCGUCAACUUGGACCUGUCCUCCAACCAGCUGCAGGAGAUCACCAAUGAGACCUUCCACGGGCUGCGGCUGCUGGAACGGCUCUACCUGCAGAGGAACAGGAUCCAGCACAUCCACGCUGCUGCCUUUGACACGCUGGAGAAUCUACUGGAGCUAAAGCUGCAGAACAACCAGCUCAGGGCUGUGCCCCCCCUCGACCUGCCCAACCUCCUGCUGCUGGACAUCAGCUGGAACAAGAUCCCUGCCAUUGCACCAGGGGCUUUCCAUGCCGUCAGCAUUGAGUCCCUGAAGAUCGCAGGGCUGGGCCUGACGAGCUUAAACGAGGAGCUCUUCCAGGUCCAAAACAACCUCCACGAGCUGGACAUCUCUGACAACCUGCUGGAGCGCGUCCCGGCCGUGCUGCAGCGCCUGGGCAGCCUCACCAGGCUCAGCCUGGCCGGCAACGCCCGCAUCUCCCAGCUGCCAGCUGAGGACUUCCAGAACCUCCACAACCUCCAGGAGCUGGACAUCAGCAACCUCAACAUCAACACCAUCCCUCGGGAUUUCUCCGGCUUCUUCCCCAGGCUGCGGGCCGUGACGGCUGCCGGCAACCCCUUCAACUGUAUCUGCCAGAUGAGCUGGCUGGUGCAGUGGGUGAACACCAGCGGCGUGGUCCUGCGGCGCCCCGAGGAGACGCGCUGCCACUUCCCCCCCAAAAACUCUGGCAAGCUCCUCCACCACCUGCAGUACACCGACUUUGGCUGCCCCACCACCACCCCCACGCCCACCACGCCCCGCACCACCACGCUGUCACCGCCCACGCCGCCCCCCAGCACCCACCGCCCACCGCCGCCCCCCAGCACCGCUGCAGCCACCCCGAGGCCCAGAGAGCCCCAGGGCAGCUCCACCUUGGUGCCCUUCAGCGGCGCCCCGGCCCCCACCAGCCCCCCAGCGCCCAUCUGUCCCCCCCGCACGUGCCUGAACGGCGGCACCUGCCACCUGGGUGCCCAGAACCUCCUGGAGUGCCUGUGCCCCGCGGGCUUCGCUGGCGUGUACUGCGAGGUGGAGGCGAGAGGAACGACGGCAGCCCCGGGCACGCCGGCCCUGCCACCUGCACAGCGGGUCAGCAUCGCCCAGGUGGGCAGCACCUCCCUCAAAGUGGACCUGCACAGCUACAUCCAGUCCAAGGCGCAGCUGAAGGGAAUCCGCCUGAGCUACCGGAACCUGUCGGGGCCGGACAAGCGGGCGGUGAUGCUGCGCCUGCCGGCCUCGCUCUCCGAGUACACGGUGCGGGCGCUGAAACCCAACUGCACCUACCGUGUCUGCAUCGGGGCGCUGGGGGAGGCCCCCAAGGAGGAGCACUGCGCCGAGGCACACACCCUGCCCCUCAGCCUGCAGCAGCACUCCCCUGUCACCCAGAGCCAGGACCCCAACCUCGCCCUGAUCCUGGUCCCUGCGCUGGCUGCCAUGCUGCUGCUGCUGGUGGUGGUCACGGCCGCCAUGUACUACUGCCGGCACCGCCGCGCCAAGGCACGUGCCAGCCCUGGGGUGGACACCGGCCCGCUGGAGCUGGAAGGGGUGAAAGCCUGCCUGGAAAACGGGGAUUUGAGCAGCCACGGCUGCAAGGUGCCAGAGGCAGCGAUGCUUUCUGGCGGCUCUGAGUGCGAGGUGCCGCUCAUGCAGUCGCACUACCCCAGCAACAACAACACCCCGGGGCUCAAACCCUCCUACUUCUGAACCCACAGGGCUUCCAGAGCCUUAGACACAGGAGGACUGAGCUCCAGAGGCAGCACCUGGCCAUGUCCCUCUGGGAUACGGAUUGCCAAGGAGCUGACUGAACUGAGGCAGAAACCCCCCCACCCCACAACGUGCAAUUUCCGAGAGGCUGCCAUGCUUCGGGAGGAGACACGAAUUUUACUGCUCUGUGCCUUGAUUUCUGUGACUCUACCUAGAACGUGCGUAGCAGAAGAGAAAGGGGGGUUAAUUUGGGGGUUGGGGGGCUUUUUUUAGCUCCUGCUAAAGAGAAAGCUGCUGUGACUGGGCUGAGGGACGCCCACGUGCUGGUUACAAGGGUCCUUCAGUGGAGCACGGCCCGUGACUCCACUCCCUGGAAGCUGAUGUGAGCAAUAUGGCCCGGCCGAGGUGCUGGGACCCUCGGGACCCCCCGGGCCAAAGGAAGUGCCGAGCAGGCAAACCGGGAAUUGAAGCUUUAAGAACUCAGAGAGAAUAUUUAUACAUCGUUAUUUCCCAUUUCUUCUGGGAAAACUUUUUUUAGUACAGGUUUGUGUACAUCUCUUUUGUAAGGCAGAUCAGAAGGGUGUCUUUUUGUAAAAAAAAAAAAAAACCAAAAUAAUUAAAAUA